CCCGGUCCCCUCUCAUGGUCUCGUUGUCACUGCAGAUCCGCAGCCGUACUAACUUACUCCUACAUCCUGCAGAGUUGAUCGAUCUUUCCUACGCACACUCUGUACGAGCAUUUCGGGACUCUCCUUUCCCCGUGCCUACUCGUGUUUUCGCACGUGAAGCGGUCGACGUCUACCCGAGCCGGACUAAUACGCAUGCGUCCAGAUCUCACCGUCUGUCGAGUCGAAUGACUGCAUCACGCUCAUUCAGUAUAUAUUGAAAUUCAGAGAAUCUUGGAUACCUGCUUGAAUUUGCGAGGUUGGUUUUGGCGUGGACAACGACAACAGUGGACUGAAGGAAGGGCUCUCUCAUCCCCGAUAGUCGUCCAUCAUGCCGCAGCGUCAACGCUCUCGGUUGGGAGUCGCAUUGGACCGCAGUGCUUGGUUUCUGUUGGCACUACACUCCACGACAUUUAUAUUGCUCGUACAUUACUCCAGGGUGAUGUCUCCUGCCGGCGGAAGACGAUACCUCCCAUCCACCGCCGUCUUUCUCAACGAAGUCGUGAAGCUGGCCAUCUCCUUGACUAUGGCUCUAUACGAGGUUUCCAAAGCAGUACCUGCAUCGAUGCCCGCAACUUCCCUCUUUUCGUCCCUUGUUGGUGCCAUUUUCUCCGGUGAUAGUUGGAAACUCGUGUUCCCCGCGAGUCUCUACACGCUUUCGAAUUCUCUGCAGUAUGUCGGGCUCUCGAAUCUACCGGCUCCAACAUUCCAGGAUACCUACCAGCUGAAGCUUCUCAUAUCUGCCAUCUCUGGCUUGGUUUUGCUAAAGAGAAGCGUCCCGCUGCGCAAGUGGACCGUCCUCUUACUUCUUACGACGGGGGUGGUCUUGGUGCAGAUAGCUGAUGUCGGUUCUCAAGAGGUGUCUCAUCAAGAUGAGGGAAAGCAUUUUACCUUCCCACGUACCCUCGAGGAAUGGAAGGCCAUGAAAGGAGCCGCUGGGCGGCUUCGCAAACGCUCUGCUACGUACGAAGGCAUUGAGGAAGAUAUGUUGACUAUUUUCCCUCAGUUCAAUUCGAUGAUUGGUCUUCUGGCAACGGUUGGCGCCUGCGUUGCGUCUGGCCUAGCCGGUGUGUCUUUUGAGAGGGUACUGAAAGACAGCGCCACGCCUUCUUCUCUUUGGGUUCGCAAUGUUCAAUUGGCCGUCUACUCCAUUUUUCCAGCACUGUUUAUUGGCGUCGUGCUGGACGGCGAAAAGAUCAGCGCCAAUGGCUUUUUCCAGGGCUACAACUGGACUGUUUGGCUGAGCAUUGCUGUCCAGGUUAUUGGGGGCAUUGUAGCCCCGUUUUGCAUAAAGCACGCCUCAAAGGGUCUGGCUACGGCCACCAGUAUUGUUCUCAGUACCUUGUUGAGUAUCUGGUUUUCGGAGUUUAAACCAACCGGUAACGUAUGUAAUUGCGUCUUAUUUAAAAGCUAAUUCUCUCCUUUUCCUGUGAGAACUGACGGUUCUAUUCCCUUCAGUUUCUUCUGGGCACCGCUGCAGUAGUUCCAGCCACCUAUCUAUACGGGAAUCCAAGCUCGAGUGCUGGCGAUGGCAAACUUCAAGCCAGGCCUCGUGCGAUAAGUAUCAAGGGUCACGAAAAAUAUGCCGCUGUGAGCGAAGAGAGCCUUAACAAUGAAUUCUCUGUGAAACUUCCAACCACGCCAGCUGCACUCGAUGCGGGCCUUUCGACGUCCCGACCUUCGUCUCCAGGUCAUGCCAGAACCGGCUCAGGUCGGGCUACCAGCAAUAGCUACUUUGCAAAACAUGCGUGAACACUCCAAGACCACUCCAAUAUGGUGAUCCAGACCCCGUGCAUUUCUGGUGUUGUUAUCAGUGAGAUCUGCACUGGAGUAAUUCCUUAGAGCCGUAUGCAAGACAAAAGUAAUAUAUUUGGGUGAGAUGCAGAGCGGUGCUCUUUUAUUUCUUUUAUGACAGACUGAGCGUAUACUUCCCUGUGUGGUUUCCUAUGCUGUUUUGCAUUCAAUUCUUAUUCUCCUUUCACCCCCAUGUCAAGUAUCUUCUUUUCAUAUGGAUAAGCUUGUUGGCGAUACACCCUUUUCAUGCGGUAGUUGGGGAGGGCUCAUUUCCCUACUGUUUAUGAGUACAUGUGAAACAUUAUAUGGUAUCAUAGAAGCCAUCAGGUCAUGGACGUACUCUUUCGCUCUUCUCUACACUUCGUCUUCAACUGCAAUGCCAUUCCAAUGCUCUAACCAUCUACGGCAUGACCUGCACGUGUUCUCUACCUCAACAUGCCCGAUUUCUGCCGCUCCCACUUUCUGAUCUCUGCUUGAUCCCUUUCUUCCUAAGCUAUUGCUGAUCGUUUAUGUUUCUGUGUGCAUGCAAUGAAAGCGUAUGUUCUUGAUUGAACUGAAACCAACCUGGUAUCUACUUCAAUCGCCAUGGGAACAGAAGGACAGCAGUUUGUCUUCGACCAUCAGCCGAAGAUCCCCAAUCGACUGGCGAAACCUCCACCCGAUCAUUCUCCAUUCUUCGGACAAAGACACGGUCAUGAUGAUGGUGAUCGUUCCACAGAGUCGGAAUUUCUCACUCAGGCCGACGAUGAGCUGCAGUUAGAUGCCUUUGACCUCGAGUUAUUGGCUCAAUCUGAUGGAGGAUGGAGAAGCUAUCCUACCGUUUCUGACGCUGAUGGUGUUACAACCUCGAAUCAGUUGCAGGAGUCUUAUAAUGAAC